GACAUUGGAUGCGAGAAAACUAUCCAUCAGCACUAGAAGUGUACUACAGAACGGGAGAGCUAUUUGGAACCGGAGGGAUCCGUCAGUACGACAACGCAGCUUGGGCCAAGAAGUAGACACAGUCGACGGUGGAAUGGCAGAGAACACCCCUCGUCACCAAGCUGCUGAUGCCGUGAUCGCCGAAUUUUCGAAGGCAAAGCGUUCUAUGGAAAUGCGGUUGGCACAGUGUUGCAGCGAAGGCGACUGUAGCCAGCUAAAUGCUUUACAGGAAGAACUGCAGGCAAUUCAGCAGAAAGUGACGGAUGCCUCCGGGUACCUGCCAUCAGCCAACCUCCGGUGGCUGCAGAAUGAACUUAAGGAUCUUAAAACUGCUUUGGGGAAAGCAGGAGGACAGCUAAAACCACGUUCACGUUUUGCCUUCAAGGACAGAAAAGUGGAGCCCACUGGGGGUGCUGAAGCAAAGCCUAUACCAAGCACCAUCAACAAUGCUACGCAGCACAAAACAUCCAAAGCCAUCUGCGACCCAAAUGUUGUUGGCUUCCGAGGCAAGUCGAACGAAACGCUGGAUCUAACGGCAGUCAAUGGAAAGAACGUAGAACUGGCUUCGCUUUCCAACUGCAACAUUACAAUAAAGAGCAAUCCGGCGACACUCUUCCUCCACGCCCUAACACAAUGCCAGAUCCAUUGUGGACCUGUGACUACUUCCGUCUUCAUUGAAGAUUGUCGUGACUGCACGUUCUCCCUUGCAUGUCAGCAGUUACGAGUGCACGGCACCGAAAACUCUGACCUUAAAGUAUGCGUGUCUACGAGGACCAUUUUGGAAGAUUGUAAGAAGGUUCGCAUCGGUCGUUACGACUGGCAAUACGAAGGUGAUGAAGCAGACUGGGGUGCUUCUGGACUGGAUAGAGACACCAAUAACUGGAGGGCUGUUGAUGAUUUUAACUGGUUGGCUAUAGACAAGCCAUCUCCUAACUGGAGCUUUUUGAAUUAGGGUAGCAGCAUGUUCUAGAUAGGUUAAUGCUUACGCUUUUGUCCUUUGUAAAUUAAUAAAGAUGCACGUUGUGCUGUGUGAAAUUU